CUCGGAUCACGAAACAGCGGGCCGAUUCUGAAUUGUCGUCAGCCAUCAUGCAUCAUGAAAUCGUCGCGCUGGAGCGCAUCCACCAACCCCUGCCGUCGCAAUUCACUUUCCCCCCACCAACAACGUACAACCUCAUCGCGUACGACCGCCCUGAGCCCGAAAAACUUCGCGAAAGGGUUAAAGAUGCUACGAUCAUCAUCGUCACGACGAUGAGAAUCUCCGCUGCACUUCUUGCGGAAGAUGUAACCCCAAAGCUCCGCCUCAUCGCCGUCAUGGCGGCGGGCACCGACCCCAUCGACCUCGGAGCCUGCAAAAAGAGAGGGAUAAGAGUGACAAAUUGCCCUGCAGCGAAUCUCGAUUCCGUCAGCGAGCAUGCGAUUGGUCUCUACUUUGCGACCAGGCGUAGGACGGUGAUGCUGGAUGCAUUGACGAGGAAGGUGCCAAGUGAAUGGAUAGAGAAGAAGAGUCUGAGCGGUUAUUUGCGGUUUGCGGAUGGGAGACCGCCGCUGAGCUGUGGGGAUGAGGUUAUGGGGGUGGUUGGCUAUGGGGCAUUAGGGAAACGUAUCGCAAAGGUUGGCCGCGCGCUGGGAAUGCAAAUCCUUGUCGCAGCGCGCAAAUCUCCAGCAUCGACACCGGUCCUGCCUCCCAUUGGUGGCCAUGAGAAUCGCGUGCCGUUCGAAGACGUCCUGCGCAAAAGCACUGUGCUCGUCCUCUCCCUCCCUCGAAGCCCUGAAACAAUGAACCUUAUAUCAACCCCCGAAUUUGCCAUCAUGUCACCCUACGCCGUUAUAGUAAACAUCUCUCGAGGAGGCAUAGUCGAUGAAGCCGCACUCGUAAAUGCUGCAAAGGAAGGCCGGAUAGCUGGCUACGGCACCGAUGUCUUCUUGAAGGAGCCCUUGGAAGGAGAAAAGGACAGUCCACUCUUGAGUGAGGAGGCAAAGGGUUUGAAUAUUAUCGUCACCCCGCAUCUAGCGUGGUUUGCAGAGCGGACAAUGACGAAUCUAGGGCAAAUAUUAAAGGACACAGUGGAGGCGUGGGCCGACAACAGAGCUAUAAACGUGAUUGUAUAA